AUGGCGGAGUCGUCUGGAUUAUCGGGGAGGAAACGCUUCCGGGAUGCAGGAGAGAUUCAAUUGGGGGAGGGAAGCUCAAAUGAUAGUCUGACAUUAGGUAUUUAUUUUCUUUCUCCAUUUAGCCAGUCCACGUUGACUUCGAUGCUUUCUAACCGAGUAGAGGUCUCACCAAGUGGCAUCAAGUUCUUCCGGAAUGUAUAUUCACGGUGGUUCGUUCACAUCAUUUGGGAAGAAUAUUUCAGCGCAGUGCCGUUCUGACCAGUGCAGGGGAUAGCCUUACGUUCAGCGACACCCUGAUGGCUCUGCAGAUGAUGCGGGCGCAGUUCCCGAAAAUCAAUAAGGUAUUUGGCUGAUUUCGUUUUUCUAUCUUCUGUUAAAUAUUCAUGUCAGGAGUAUACACACCGUCUACUACAAUGAUUUUUUUUAUAGGAAGUUGCCUCCAGAUUUCUGGGGAUGAUUUUCUAUCUGAUUCAUCGAUGUAUUUAUCAGGUAUCAGUGGAACCUUUUAUUUUGCGAUCACAGCUAUACAGUAGCAUAAAAGACAGGACGCAAGUGGACAGAGAGUUGGAGGUGCUCACUUUGUCGGAAUCUCAGACCAAGUAGUAAUUUUCUAAUUUUUCGUAGCUAUCUAUAUCCCCAUGGUCAUGGCUCUUUUAUAAACACCUAACUUCAAAGACACUGUUAAUUUUUUGAAUGGGAUGUGACUUAAUCUAUAUUAUGUUCUAUCUAUUCUACUUAUUUAUUGUUUAUAGUAUGUAAAAUGCAUCCAUGGCGAUACAUCAUACUAUCGGAUUGAAAUAAGGGAUCUAAGGAAAAAGAGAGGCUAAACUUUAUUUAUAUUUUUUUCAAUGUUUAUGUUCUGCAUCCUUUUCCUCAUACAUCUGGCCUAGAAAUUUCCAAGUAAAAUACAACAUUCCAUGAUUUCUUUCAUCCCUUACCGUUUUCUUUCUGACAUUGAGAUCAAACAUGCGACAGCUGUUGAAAGAAAGUGUUGAUGUUACGUUCAUCAUUAGAAUGGUGGCCUUAUGUGCUAAGCUUGUAGUCGCACAAAAAGCAUUUUUGCCCUCCACCUUUGAACAAAAGACGUGAAUCAGUAUGCCGUAAUGAAAUCAGGCUGGAAUCUCCCUGUGGAAGUUGGACUCCCAAAUUCCGACUUAGUUGGCGGAUGUGGCUGGCUAUUAAAACCGCCAAGAAUGUGUUAAUAGAUCCCCGGACACUGGGUUUUUAUAUUUUUGGUCUGUAUUUGUACAUGAUGGAAAAUCAUUUAAAGAGUCCAUUCAUGAAAUCAGAACACUGGUAUAUAGUCCCUUACAGAUGUGGAGACCGGUUUAUUCUGCAGUCUCUGAAGAAGGAGAAAGUUCUGCGGAUAUUCAAACUAAACACUGGACAGGAUGAUCACGCUGUAAUGUUCAUGGAUGACUACAACAAUCAGGUCAAUUUUUCUUGGCCAUACUUCAUACCAGUCUCAACUUCUACAUUUUCCCCUUCAGAUGGGAUUGUAACAUUUCACCUUUACUUCUUUGUUGGCAAAAAUACACUGAAAGUCGUUUUCCGUCUUGAUAUUUAGAUAUAAGGUUUAUUGUACGGGCUCACUCUUUUCUCCCAGUGAUGUGUUUUUUUGUAUGCUAACUAAAUAUCAUGUGUGUUAGAUAGGGGUCGCCAUGAAAAGGUUGGGGACCAAGAACGAAGAUCUCAUUCAGGUUUUUGAGUGGUUUAAGACAUAUGUCACCGGAACCAAGUUGGAUGUUGGAAUAGAUCAUAAUGAACUGGUGAGUUCCUCAGAUAUGUUUUGGGGAUGUACCUUUGAUGGUAGAUUAGCCAUUUUAUUCGCAGUUUUAUCUCCCCAGAUGGGUGGAAGGGGACUUACUGCUUAUGAAUAUUGUAAAUGGUUAAAUAUCGUGUGAAUUCUCUGCGACUUGUCAUAUUCUGUAAUACUUGGAUUUCUCUUUUUUAUAGUUUCUGGUCAUUAGAGAUAUCUUUCUACACAAAGGGUUUGAUGAUUUGGUCGAUCUCGAUGCCUUGCAGUGCUCACUUCUGUCAUUUGGCGGCAAGGUGAAAGAAGAGCACGUCUCCCUUCUGAUCAAUGCUGGCUUCCUUGUGAGUAGAAUCACAGACUUGGCUCGGCAUUUUCAUUAAUAACAUAUGGUCCGAAGACCUUCGGGUGAUAUUAAAGAAGAAAUUAACUAGUUUAGGGUCAUAUUUUGAUGCAACAAGGCCCGACUUUGGGAUCAGAUUUUUGUUUUUUUUUUAAUUUUUUUUUGUCGGCACCAUCUAUUGCUAAUAUAACGUUUAAUUUCUCUUCCUCACGUCUGUCCACGUUGACUUUCUUUUCUAGUUUAAGGCCCAGUUACUAUUUUUGGAUUUUAUUGUCUGAAAUCCUCCUGUCUCGCUGUAUGUAGACCCGCCAACUGGUUGACCCAAGCAUGUACUGGUUUUCAAUCCCCAACAUUGGCCUGCUCCUGAAGGGCCUGUCUCAGGUACGUGCACUUUUUCAGAUACUUCAGAUAUUUUUCUUCGAGCGCAGUUUCCAUUUCGUCGUUGACCUUCUGUUGACAAUUAUCAAAACGAGCAUAACUCCUCUGUCUAGAUGGCACCAUAAAUGGUCAAACUUUGGUCGUUCAUGCAAUUGCCUUUGCUGAUGAAUUUCUAUCGACGAUGAUACCCACUUUCUCUACUCUCUCUCUCUCUCUCUCUCUCUCUCUCUCUCUCUCUUACUUGUUUGACGGAGUUCCUCAGGGAAGGAAGGAGCUGGUCUCCCUCCUCAGGAAGAGGAAGCACAGGGAGAUGAUGCUGGCGGCGCUGGAGAAGAAGCGACUGCGUCUCUCUCUGCUGGACAUGCGCUUCCACCUCCGGGAUCUCAUCGGCUCCGGCGUACUGAAGACUGUUGAGUCCCCCACCGGCCUGAUCGUCCGCCUUUCCAAGGACUGA